AGUCAAAAACAUACGUUUGAUUUUGACGUCGUAACGUAUACGAUAUUUUAUUUGUGAUUUCUUUGGCGAUAGUUCUUAUUUAACUAUCUGAUAAACUUCUGUAUUUAGUUUAGUGUAAUUUGAGUACCAAAUUUUAUAAUGGGCCUUUUACAAUUAUGUGAACAGUAUUUUAAUACGUCUAACCUAUACGAAGUUUUUCAAAUACCGGAGAAGGCUACAGAAAAAGAAGUCAAAAAAGCAUAUCAUAAGUUAUCUCUGAAAAUACAUCCUGACAGAGUUAGUGAAGAUGAGAAACUGGAAGCUACUGAGAAGUUUAAAGUGUUGGGUGCAGUACAUGCUAUACUCAGUGACAAAGAAAAGAGAACUAUCUAUGAUGAAACAAAGUGUGUUGAUGAAGAUGAUUUAAGUUUUGAACGAGAUUGGUCAGUUUAUUGGAGAGGAUUGUUCAAAACAGUAACUGAAGAAGACAUUGUAGCUUAUGAAAAGAAAUAUAUUGGUUCUGAAGAAGAAAAAGAUGACUUAAAAAAAUUAUAUGUAGAUGGAAAAGGUGAUAUGGACUAUAUUCUUGAUCAGUAUCAGUUUGAUCGAUUAGAACAUGAAUCUAGGAUCAGAGAAAUUCUUACAGAAAUGAUUGAAAAGGAAGAAAUUCCAUCAUACAAAAAAUUCACACAUGAGUCAACCAAAAAGCGUCAGAAGAGAACUGCGAAAAUAAAGAAGGAAGAAAAAGAAGCAGAGGAAUUGAAAUCUGAAUUAGGUUUAGGUUCAGGUAAAAACAGUUUGGAAGAAUUGAUCAAACAACGACAACAAUCAAGAUCAUUAGAAAUGGAUUCCUUGAUUGACGACAUCGCAGCUAAGUAUGGUGGCAAAAAGACUAAAGCGACUAAACGUAAAUCACCAUCAGACGCAAAAGGUUCAAAAAGGAAAAGAAAGAAUUAACAAAAUAUUUAACUUCCAAUGUUUUAAAAUAAUUUAAUUAUUAUUACAUUCUGUAAUUUAUUUCAAUUAA